CAACCCCCCCACAUCAUUCAUCUUCCACCGGCCACCACCACCCAUCUCCCUCUCUCUAUCUCCCUAUCUUCUCCAUGUUACAGCUCUGACCCUGACACCAACAUCUCUGCAACUCUCUCUGUACAAACUCGGCUUGUCUUUCUCUCCCGGAUUUGUUCCUCCCGCCCCACCCCAACACGAAAGCUUCCCCAGAACCUCUUCUUCCCCUCCUUUCGAUUCUCUCUCCCUGACAGUUCCCGCUUUUUCUCUCUCUAUCCGCACCCACCUCUUUCUCUCUCUAGCACCUUGAGACCCCCACCCCAAUCGAUCAUGCUUCGGAGCUCGCUAGUCCCUCAACCACCCAUCACUUCCUCGACCCCGAACCUCCUCCUCCGCCCCUCCUCCUCCUCCCCCUCCUCCACCUCCAUGAAGGGGAAGCGCGCCGACCGCGACCGGGACCUCCCCGGCGCCGAUACCCCCUCCUCCUCCGCCGACGAUCGCCCCCCCUCCAAGCGGCCCAACUUCUCGGGCGCGGACGACGACGCCGCCGCCGGCGCCUCCGCCUCCGGGGAGAAGGCCGCCGAGGAGGCCGACCAGGAGCGGGAGGAGGCGGCGGCGGCGGUGGACGAGGGGGAGUGCGACGGGCUGAGGCUCCUCGGGCUCCUCCUCCAGUGCGCCGAGUGCGUCGCCAUGGACAACCUGGACGACGCCAACGACCUCCUCCCGGAGAUCUCCGUCCUCUCGUCGCCGUUCGGGUCCUCGCCGGAGCGGGUCGCGGCCUACUUCGCGCACGCGCUGCAGGCGCGCGUGGUCAGCUCGUGCCUCGGGUCCUACGCGCCGCUCGCCGCCCGGGACCUGACCCUCGCCCAGUCGCAGCGGAUCUUCCAGGCGCUCCAGGCGUACAACUCCAUCUCGCCGCUGGUGAAGUUCUCCCACUUCACCGCCAACCAGGCCAUCUUCCAGGCCCUGGACGGCGAGGAUCGCGUCCACGUCAUCGACCUCGACAUAAUGCAGGGCCUCCAGUGGCCCGGAUUGUUCCACAUCCUCGCCUCCCGGACCCGGAAGAUCCGGUCCAUCCGGAUCACCGGGUUCGGGUCCUGCUCCGAGCUGCUCGACUCCACCGGCCGCCGGCUGGCCGACUUCGCGAGCUCCCUCGGCCUGCCCUUCGAGUUCAACCCGGUGGAGGGCAAGAUCGGGAGCCUGGCCGACCCGGGCCGCCUCGCCGUCCGCCCGGGGGAGGCCGUGGUGGUGCACUGGAUGCACCACUGCCUCUACGACAUCACCGGCAGCGACCUGGCCACGCUGCGGCUGCUGACGCUGCUGCGGCCGAAGCUGAUCACCACCGUGGAGCAGGACCUCAGCCACGGCGGCAACUUCCUCGGGCGGUUCGUGGAGGCGCUCCACUACUACAGCGCCCUCUUCGACGCGCUCGGCGACGGGCUGGGCGGUGACAGCGUGGAGCGGCACGUGGUGGAGCAGCAGCUGCUGGGGUGCGAGAUCAGGAACAUCGUGGCCGUCGGCGGGCCGAAGCGGACCGGGGAGGUGAAGGUGGAGCGGUGGGGGGAGGAGCUCCGGCGGGUCGGGUUCCGGCCCGUGUCGCUGGCGGGCAACCCGGCGGCGCAGGCCGGGCUGCUGCUCGGGAUGUUCCCGUGGAAGGGCUACACGCUGGUGGAGGAGGGCGGCUGCCUGAAGCUGGGCUGGAAGGACCUCUCGCUGUUGACCGCGUCCGCGUGGCAGCCGUCGGAUUGAUCUUACCUUUUCCUUCUUCUUGUUUUUUACCCCGAACCCCCGCAAGAUCGGACGGCCACGACGGAGUCUCCGCGGGCAAUGCUGGAAUACGACACGGGCGUUCAUUUAAAUAAACGAGCGAGCGUCCAACCCCCGUCGAUUCCGAAGCUUGUAAUAAAGGGCAAGGAAAACCCCGCGAGAUUUCGGCUCCGUGAUCGGUGAUGCGGGCGGCGGUGCAUGGACGCUACCGUACGGUCGAGGGCACCCGAUAGUUCCUCGGGAGGCUCGAAUGGUAGGCGGAAUAGCGUACGGACAACGGUGAUUCGGAAGCGGGGGAUUGGGCCAAUCUUGUUCGCUUUUGGUGUUGUAAUUCUUUGGAGGAGGAGGAGGGAUAGUUUGGCAAAUUGUAUUUAUUUGUCGGGUAAAAAAAAAAAAGA